UUGAGACAGGAAUUAUUUGUUCAUAUAAGAGUACAAUGCAGAAUCUUGACAUGCAUAAAAGAUGAAAUAACCUUACCAUGGGGUUCACCUUUACAUUUGGACGAAUUAGGGAAAUUUUUUCCCAGUGGAGCAUAUUCAAGGCCCGUCAUCAUUAUAUCAAACAGUUGGCGGAACUGAAUUUGUCCGUGCAGGAAGAAAGCCUUCUCCGUGCAAUCGUUAUACUUUUCACAGAUCGCUGUAAACUUGAGCACCCAGCGGUUGUUGACGCACUUCAAGAGAAAAUGGUCAUGUGUCUACAGCAUCUGAUCAACAUCAGACCCGGUGGCUCGGGGACACUGCUGUACAAGAUAUUUAAAACAAUUAUCACCCAAUAUACGGGAACUUACUGA